AUGGAUGGGCGUGACGUUCUUGUGUUAUGGAACCCAUCUACUAGAGAUAUGAGGGUUCAUCCAAAACCUACUCUUAGGAAGGAUGAUAUGAAUUUUCAUGGCGUCGGUUAUGAUCCCUCUACUGAAGACUAUAAAGUAAUAUGGGGAUAUAGUGAUCAUCUUAAAACUGUGAUUGAGGUCUACUCACUAAAGAGGAAUGAAUGGAGGACUUACAUAGACCUCAACUUUCUGAGGUCUAGCAUCAUUUCAUUUGAUUUAGCAGAGAACAGGUUUAAGGAGGCAUUGCCAUUACCUGACUGUGGACCUGGUGGCAGCCACGAACUUAGCUCCUUGGGGAUUGGGACUACCAAAAACUUUAUAGGUCCAGACCAUGGAUUUGAUGAACACGGGUUAAAACCUCUUUGCAUUUUGGACAAUGGGGAAUUUUUGAUGGCUUAUGAUGAAAAAUGCUUGCAAUUAUAUAAUCCCAGCACAAUGACAUUUCGGAGAAUUAUUCAAGAGGACGAUGAUAAUUCUCCAAUCAAAACUGUUACUUACGAGGAGACUCUAGUUUCACUGCCAGUAGCAGAAGUGCUGGAGUUGGAGUAG